GCCACUCGUUUGUGCACACGUGGUAUAAAGAAAAUCCAACGGUCAAUUUGGUGUAAAAUGACAUUAUCACCCCCAUAAAACCCCUCGCCCUACCACCUCCUCUCUCCAUAUACAACACGGAUUCCGGAAAUUUCCGUAGUGCUUCUUCUCUUUAUCGUUUCGUCUCUGUAUUCUCUAUAAGCUUUGCUAGUAUCGAUGCUGCUUUUUUAGGCGUUGACCGUUUUGGUUUAGCUCCGGAUUUGAAUUAUCCUACUAGUAGUUAUCUAUACUCAAAAUGAGUGCACCACAGGAAUCGCAUCGCCCUUAUCUCCGAUUUGGGAAUCCUUUCAAAAUGAUGUCACCCAAGGGCUCAUACUUGUCUUCUAAGCUUCUUGCCCUGUUGAAUUCAUUUGAGGAGACAUUAGCAGGGAGACUUAAGAGUCUUAAGCCUGCAGACAAGGAAGAUAUCCUUAAGCUGUCAUGGAUGAAACAAGCAAUAAGCACACUUUGUGCAAUUCAUACAGAUGUGAAAACUCUUAUUACUGAUCUCGGGCUUCCUGUAUCUGACUGGGAUGAGAAGUGGAUUGGUGUCUACUUGGAUAAUAGUUUGAAGAUGCUGGAUAUGUGCGUUGCAUACAGCUCUGAGAUUUCCAGGCUUAGCCAAGGCCACCUUUACCUUCAGUGCGGCUUGCACAACCUGGAUGGCUCCUCUGCACAGUUCAUGAAGGCUCGUUCGUCAUUGGAUGGAUGGAAGCAGCACAUUAAUUCAAAGAACCAGAGACUGGAGAAUUGCUUUGCCAUCUUGGACAGCCUUACUGAAUCACUGAACCUACCCAAGAUCAAGAAUUCUGCAAAAGGGAAGGUUCUGAUGCACGCAAUGUUUGGAGUGAGGGUUGCAACUGUUUUCAUAUGUAGCAUAUUCGCUGUCGCAUUCUCGGGUUCUGCUGAGAAAUUGAAGGAUCUGCAGAUUCACGAGACUUGCUUGUGGACAGAAGCUUUUGUUGAUCUUCGUGAUUUUAUUAGUGGAGAGAUCAGGAGCAUAUAUUCUGGAGGAAGGUUCACAGUACUGAAGGAGCUUGAAGCAGUGGAUGUUGGUGUGAAGAAGUUAUACCCAGUCACACAGGAUGGAAUAGACCCUACCGACUCAGAACAGUUGGAACUUCUAACUUUAGAUCUGACUAAAAAAGCAGAAAGUUUUUCCGAAGGACUAGAUCUCUUAGCAAAGGAGACAGAUAGGUUCUUUCAAAUCCUUUUAACCGGACGUGAUGCUUUGCUUUGUAACCUUAGAGUUGGUAGUACAGUCAAACCAGUGCAGCCAAACAACAAUGUACAUGAACAAAUGGUGAAGUGAAUGUUAAGAAAGAGAGUAUCUUUAAUGUAUACACGUGGGUGUGGGUGCGUGUGUCGAUGCGAAGUUUUGUGCCUUCUGGUUAAAUAUAAUAUACUGCAAAGAAGUGCAAUAUAUAGUAUUUAUGGCAAUAUAAUUAUUUUAUGAUGUUAAUGUUGUAUAAAUAUAGUGAAUGGUUCACUGAAAAGUUAUAUUCCCUUCUACCA